UAUCGACUUUUUGCUUUCAUACUGUAAAAAUCGGUUUGUUUACGUUCGCUUGCAAGCCACUAAAAAAUGGGUAAAAGUGAAAAAAAAUCCAAGAAAAGGCACAAAGAAAAGCGUAGGGAGCACAAGGAGAAGCACAAGUCCAGGAAAUCUAAAAAACACAGCCGAAAAAAGGAGGAAUCUCCUAUGCCAGGCCCCCCACCACAAAAACUACCCGAAAGUGGCAGCGAGGAGGAGGAUUUUGCCAUACCAAUAGCACUGAUGAACAGCAAAUCGCAUGCACCGGAAACUCCAGAAGAAUACCAGCGCCGCCAGAGCCAGAUUCGCAAAGAAGUGGACCCGAUCACAGGUCGAGUCCGCCUUAUUAAAGGCGACAGCGAAGUGCUUGAGGAAAUUGUAACCAAGGAGCGCCAUGCUGAAAUUAACAAAAAGGCCACUCGCGGUGACGGAGAGUUCUACGAGGCCAGAUCUCUAGACGCAGCCCGGCGUCGCAAAUAGCAAUAAACCAAAAAGGACAACAAUUUUCAUUCUUGUAGUAAUAAUUAAUAACUGUCAGUUUAAUUAAACAAAAGGCUAGCUAGCGACUACAUAUAUGUACACGCGAAA